AUGGAUCUCAGCGAGCUGGAGAGAGACAAGGGCCGCUGUCCUCUGAGCUCACCUGUCCCCACGGUGUGCCACAAGGAGCCUUGCGCCCAGGGCGUGGAUGAGGCUGGCCAGGGUCCAGUGCUGGGCCCCAUGGUUUACGCCAUCAGUUACUGUCCUGUGUCCCGUUUGGAUGACCUGAAGGCCCUGAAAGUGGCAGACUCAAAGACCCUGUCGGAAAGCGAGUGGGACCGGCUCUUUGCGAAAAUGGAGGACAGAGACUUUAUGGGCUGGGCGCUUGACGGGCUCUCUCCAAACCUCAUCUCCACCAGCAUGCUUGAGCGGGUCAAAUACAACCUGAACUCCUUAUCCCAUGAUACUGCGGCUGGGCUGGUGCAGCAUGCGAUGGACCAGGGCGUGAACGUCACCCAGGUAUUCGUGGACACGGUGGGGAUGCCAGAGAAGUACCAGGAGAGGCUUCAGCAAUGCUCCCCUGGGAUUGAGGUCACCGUCAAGGCCAACGCAGAUGCCCUGUAUCCUGUGGUCAGUGCUGCCAGCCUCUGUGCCAACGUGGCCCGAGACAAGGCAGUGAAGAACUGGCAGUUCGUGGAGACACUGCAGGACCUGGAUACCAAUUAUGGUUCGGGGUACCCCAGUCAUCCCAAGACGAAAGCCUGGUUGCAGAAGCAUGUGGAGCCGGUGUUUGGCUUCCCCCAGUUUGUCUGCUUCAGCUGGUGCACGGCCCAGAGCAUCCUAGAGAAGGAGGCCGAAGGUGUCACGUGGGAGGACUCCUCAUAG